UUCACUCACCAGACUCAUCCAUCUAUGAUUUUCUUUUUCGUUACAAAAGCAAAGCGUUUAUUAGAGAAGCUAGAAAAAAAGGGAAGGUUUAUUUAUUUUCUUCUGUAAUUUGAAGCAAAAUGGCGCAACAAUCGUCUAUGCCUGAUCAACAAUUUCUCUGGGAUGUUUUCCAAAGAGUAGACAAAGACCGUAGUGGACAUAUAUCAGCUGAUGAACUUCAAGUUGCACUCUCUAAUGGGACCUGGAGUCCAUUUAAUCCAGAAACCGUCCGUCUAAUGAUUGGUAUGUUCGAUCGAGAAAACCGUGGUACAGUAUCAUUCCAAGAUUUUGGUGCACUCUGGAAGUACGUAACAGAUUGGCAAAACUGUUUUCGUUCUUUCGACCGCGAUAAUUCAGGAAAUAUCGAUAGAACUGAACUCAAGACAGCCCUUACCACAUUUGGAUAUCGUCUAUCGGACGGAUUAAUUGAUAUGCUCAUUAGAAAGUUUGAUCGAUUUGGUAGAGGAACGAUAUUAUUCGAUGAUUUUAUUCAAUGCUGUAUUGUUUUAUAUACCCUCACUACGGCAUUUAGACAGCAUGACACAGACAUGGAUGGAGUAAUAACAAUUCACUAUGAACAAUUCCUGAGUAUGGUGUUUUCUCUAAAGAUCUAACCUCAAUAAAGUAAGAUACACUGCAUCAAAAAAUUGCACGUACAUCAAUCAAAUUCUAAUAAAAUUAUUACAUUUAAUGUACUUAUAACCUAGUCCACGUACCGAUUGACUUUAUUUUGAACAAAAAAUGAUACAUAGAUGUAAGUACAGUAUUAAUAGGUAACACAAAUUUCGACCUUUCUUCUUAUAACUUUUUUUUUAUAAACAUAUUUUUCUAUAAGUAUAAAAAAAUUGCACUUACACCAAACAAAUGUACGUACACUGUUGUUUUUUUCUACAAAAAUUAAAUAACGGUUCUUUUCCAAGCCAAAAACUCGUACGAUCAUGAGAUUGAAUCUCCUACUCAGUCUGUUAUGUUUAAUUGAUCUGGCUAAAAGUGUUUUUUUUUUGCGUUUUAAAAUUUUUUUUUAGUUAUUAUCAUCACAUAAAAAAGUUCCUAUUGAAAUAAAAAAACAAAUUGUGGAUCUCAAAAAGGAUGGAAAAAGUUAUUCUGAAAUAUCAUCCAUUGUUAAGAGAUCAAAAUCAACUAUUCACUGCGUGAUAAAAAAUUAUGAAAAAAAAACAAAAGCUUCGAAAUGGCCCCAGGAAGAGCUCGAAAAAAAAUUUUAAAUGACAAAAUGGAACGCAAAAUCGUAAGAAUGGUGAAGGUUGACCCAAAAAUAAGUGCUCCUAAGAUAGCUGCAGAAAUCACAGUAAGUCAUGGAAUAUCACUAAACCCACAAACAGUCCGGAACGUAUUGCAUUCAAAGGGUUAUCAAGGACGUGCAAUAAGAAAAAAAGCCUUAUAUUUCGAAGACAAACGUGCAAAAGCGUUUGGACUAUGCAAAUGCGUAUGUUUCGAAGCCGGAUGAUUUCUGGAAAAACGUGAUAUUCCUUGCCGAGAGUAAGUUCAACAUUUUUGGGUCGGAUGGAAGAAGGUUUGUGUGGCGGCAACCAAACACGUCCUUGGAGACAAAAAAUAUGCAGCCAACAGUGAAGCAUGGAGGCGGAAAUGUCAUGGUCUGUGGAGCGAUGGGAGCUAGCGGGGUGGGAAAUUUAGUAUUUGUUGAGUCAACGAUGGAUAAAAUGGUUUAUCUGCAAAUACUAAAAGACAACUUAAAAGCCAGCGCUAAUAAAAUGGGCUUAAGCGAGGAAUUUGCAUUAGUACAAGACAACGACCCUAAGCAUUCCUCAAGGCUUGUGAAAGAAUGGCUGUUGUAUAAUGUGAAAUCACAGUUGCCUCAUCCUCCUCAAUCCCCAGAUCUAAAUCCCAUCAAACAUCUUUGGGAUUAUUUGGAAAAGAAAAUCCGAGAAUCGGAAAUAAGAAACAAAAAUCAACUGAAAGCCGUUUUAAUUGAAGAAUGGAACACAAUUCCACCGGAAGUGACUUCAAAACUAGUCCUGUCCAUGCAAAACCGUUUAAAGAAUGUUAUUAAGGCAAAAGGUUACCAUGCUAGGUACUAAACGAAGCAAUUAACUAAUAAACUUUAAAGUGUAUGUGCAAUUUUUUGAUAUUAAUUUUAGUUUCUUCCCUUUUUGUUAUUGUUUUUUUAUUCCUAUGAAGUCUAUGUAACUGAAUUUUAUUUUGUUUUUACUUCUAUCAUAAUAAAGAAAAUAAUUAAUGAAAAAAUAAAUAUAUAAUAAGAAUUUUUGAUAAAGUAUGUGCAUUUUUUCACUUAACAGUCAGAUGUACGUGCAAUUUUUUGAUGCAGUGUAUAAGUAUGUAAUCUUAAAAACAAGUGCGCAAGACGAUUCGUUCCGUGUCUUUAUUAUCCAAUAACAAAUUUUUUGUUGUGAUCAAAAAAUUAUAGAACGGUUUUUAUCAGUUCACUUUUCGGAAAUAAGAAUAAGAAAACAAAACUAAUUUGUAUUAAAAGACAAAUAUUUUUGAAGCAUUAUUUUUAUAUUAUAAAUCUUUAAGAUUUAUACAUAAAUAUUAAAUUUAACUUUCUGUUUUCAAAAAUUUUGACUGAAAAUAAAAUUAAAGUCAUAACUAUUCUGGAAUUCUUUCCAAUACCACUUGUUCAGCCGAAAAUAUUUUUAUUAUAAAUUUUAUUCAACAACUAAAAAACCAUGGGUGGAAUGGGCUAACCGAUUUUUGAUAAAAACAAUCAAAAUUAACGAAUUUUAUGUAUGUCUGGUAAUAGUUAAAUUGAUAGCUAAAAAGCUGUCAUAACAGAGACGAGAUAUCAUUUCCAACAAAUAUAUUGUUUCUGAACAGAGCUACUAGACGUUAACAUAAAGGACUGGAACAUUUUUUCACUUAACUUUUUCGUUAAAAAAAAACAUGUGACUGACAAAUCUUUGACAUUUGAAAAUAAAAAAAAAGAAGCUGGGAUGCGACCCAUCUCCUCUGUCGAUUUCAUUUUCGUUUUUGUAUUUUUGAGUAUGGUUUUUUUUAGGUUUUUAUUGUAUAUAAAAAAAACUUUCAAUCAAUUCGAUUUUUCUCAACAUUUUACCUAAUAUUAAAAACGUAAAAUUUUCGAGGUGACAACAUUUUUUUUUUCAGUUUUUUUUUUUUAAUUUAUAAAAAAAAACCUUUAGAUGGAUUUUUUCCAAAAAUAUUUGGUAUCACGUUACAAUAUAUAAUAUAAAAUUUAAUUCAAGUUUCUAGCUCUAUUGGUUCGUAAGAUAUUUAGUUUUAACAAAAUUUUUCUUGAUAUUUGGAGCUUUGGGCAACGAAAAGAACGUCGCGAACGUACGGACGUACGAACGUAUCUUUUAUUUCGACUCUAGGGACCAUGAAACGUCAUGAAAUGUCAACAUUUUCAAUUCGACAAAUCGAACCCAUUACAAUAACUUCCUAUAGGAAGUUAAAAAACAAAAAGUAAGAAUGUUUAAUAACAUAACAGAGCCAAUUUGAUGCUUUUAUUUAGAUAUGUUAUAAAAACCACUUUAUAAUUUAACCAUGGCAACAAUGAAUUUGGAUAAUUUGUAUCUAAAAUUGUUCAAUCGAAUUGAAUUAAGUUGAAUUAUCUUACACAUACAGAAGAGUCGGUGAUAGUCAAUUUGACUAUUAAAAAUGUGAUUGUCACUUCUCACCUCAGCCGAUUCCACUCCAGAUUUACUUUAUUUCAAACCAAAAACAAACUUUUUAAAAAUCGGGGCACUAAUAAAUAGUACUUUAGUGUACAAAACUUAUUUAAUUUUAACUAUGAUGACUUUUUUUCAAAAAUAUAAUUAAAUCACUAGUGAUAAAGAAAUUUACGUAAAAUACUUGCACAAUCUUGCCUUAAUUUUUUGUUUAAAUCAUUAAAACAAUUUCAAUACUUAAUAUUUUAUAUUUGUUUAUUUCUUUAUUUAUUUCAGAUUAAAAGGGUAUUUUUUAAAUACUUAUUUGCUGAUCUGGAACAACUUAACAUGUAAUAAAUCUAUAAGUUUUCAAAAAAUAAAAAAAAGAA